AUGCAUCGAGCAGCACAGCUCGUGACGCGAGGUGUGUCGACGACGACGCGUCAUGCACUGGCGCGGGCGCUUGAGCAUGCUGAAUUGGUAAAGGAUAAAAGGCAUGGUGUGGAGAUGCUGGGUGUAUGGCGUCAAAUGAUGCGUGUAUUUGCGCGGCAAGGAAUGGUGUCCGAAGCUCUAGCUCUACUGGAUGAUAUGAAAGCGUGCCAUGUUCAUCCGCACAUCGAUGUACUUGAUAUGGCAUUGGAAGCAGCAGUGCAAGCAGAUCAUGUGGCUCGCAUCCAAGACGUAUUGUCGUACUAUGCUGCAGAACCUAUGCAUCCUCUUACCAUACUUUCAGGACGUCAUGUUGCGAAUUGGACGCCAACCACGUAUACCCACUUGCUUCACCACUGUGCACGCACAUCAAAUCUUGAAUAUAUGAUCCUACUUGUCAAUACCGCACGAGCGCGAGCUGUGGUACUGGGAGAGGAUGCCUUGCUACAUAUAGUGCGGUGUGCACACCAGGCUGGCGAGCCUCGCAUCGCGUAUGAUAUGGCUCGCAACCUCUUCAACAAUGCUUCUGCGCGCGUAUGGAUGAAUGUUUUACGCACAUGCGCCGUGCACAUGUACGCAACUGGUAUCCAAACGGCGUGGGAGCACAGUCGUCCUCUCGAGGCCGACGAAGGCCUUUUGAUCGCUAUACUACAUGCUGCGUCGCGACAUGGGUAUACAGAGUUGGUGUCUAGCGCACUGUCAUGCAUUUCUGAGCUCACAGAUGUCCACUUGAUUCCUGCGUGGGAAGCUUUUUGCGAAGCACAACAGUUCGACAGGGCGAUGGAUGCACUUGGCGAAUUGCAUGCGUGCGGUGCCGAAACACCUCCCAUGGCGCGUCUCGUGAGCAAGGCGGCCGAGAGUAUUGAUGCACUAAAAUGUGCAUCUGCGGCACUUUUACGUGCACCUCGGUCUGUGCCUUCGGAAGCAUGGAGUGCUGUCAUGUACGCGGCCGCUGAACUGCAGCACAUGCCGACCGCCCGGAUUCUGGGAUAUGCAGCGCCACAGCCAACGAGUGGCGUCAUCCAAGCGUGGCUGCAGUGCUGCCUAGACACGAAAGAUAGGGCCGAGGCAGAACGCGCAUGGUCCUUUAUGCAUGAGCAAGAUAUUAUACCCACCGCCACUUGCUUUGAACGUAUGGCGCGAAUGCAUUUGAUGCAGGAGCAGUAUGAAGAGGCAUUCACGCUAUUAGAGCAAACUAAGCAGUGUGCACUUGUUCCCACUCGCCGGAUGUACGCGGCCAUGAUAUGGACAUGCUGGCAACAUAAUGAUGAGCGUUGGCGCGAUUUGAUGCAAGAGAUGCAAGAGGCACGAUACGAGCCUGGCGAGCGACUUCGUGCGCUCAGUUGA